AUGGUGAAGAAGAAGAUGGCCAGUAAACAAGCCGCGGAGAAACCCCCUUCAAUCCUCCGAGAUGAAACCCCUGAGUUACAACCGCCGACUGAAGAGCGACCGCCAAGCCCACAACCACAACCACAACCACCAGAGUUGAUUCCUCAGGCUCCGGUGAUGGUUCCCUUGAACGUACUGGCAGAGUUCCUCAGGCAGCAGGACCCGAAUAAAGAUUGGGCGGCUGCAUUGGCGGGUUUUAGCCAAAUUGGAGGUGGAUCGAGCAUGACCGGAGGAACCCCGGUAGUACCAAACCCAGAAACAAAUGUUCAGCCCACGGUGCACCCACCAACCUCCAUUCCGACUUCCCCAACAACCCCACCAGAAAAGAAAUCUCCCUCGAUGACCGCACCAUCAGAAUCCUCGAAACCCUCCCCAACUUACCAACAAAUUGAACCAAUGGAUGUUGUUCUCCUUUCCGCCUAUUAUGACUCGAACCUAGAGGAAAGAAAAGGGAAGAAGAGCCGGGAGGAAGGAGACGAUCGGAGAGAACACCGGUAG